GUGAACGUACCUCCAAUGAUGGUACCAAGCUUGAUUGAUUGUGCCACGCUUUGCGCUAGAAGAAGCAAAUGCGUCUCAUUCUUCUUCAACCUUUUGGAGUCCCUCUGCCAGUUCGAUGGGAAGAUAUAUGUAUCAUUUGACGGGGGCAGCGCUGGUUUCUGGAGCUAUUACGAACUGGAGAUGACGAAUGUGGCAGCCUUCAAACCAGUUACAAUGAGCUCUGAGAGUAACCCUCCCGCCCACUCCCCACAUUAUGCCGUGGAUGACAAAGUAGUAAAAACAAUAUGGGCGCAGGAGUGCGUGCACACAAAGGGUGAACUUACCCCGUGGGUGAUCAUUGACUUAGAAGCCACCUUCGAUGUUGAAUACGUCACACUUUUUAACAGAAUCGAUGAACAUGGUGACCGCCUUCGUGCUAUCUCCGUUUAUCUGGGUGAAGUAAGUGGUUCAUUUCCGGUCCUCUGUGGGGGAUUUGAUGGUCCCGGAGAAGAUGCCCAGGUUGUUCAUGUUGUAUGUAAUGAACCGACAAGUGCACGGUUUGUCAAAAUUCAACUGAGCAAUUCCCAAACAUUUUUUUACCCUAUAACUUUAUGUGAAAUUCGAGUUUUAACGUUUAAUGCAUAG